CUGCGCGUCUCGACGCAGGCCCCGCCCGCAGGGUGACGUGCAGUGUUAUUACCUGGACUGUCAUGGCCGCCCAGAAGAUCAAUGAAGCGCUUGAGCAUCUUGCCAAGGCUGAGAAAUGGUAAUAAGCCGGGCAGCUCAUAUGAUGUGCCCAGUGUUAGGGGUGUAAUGAUAACUAUGGCCGGUCCCAGCGUUAGCCUGCCAUUCCCAGAGACAGGGAGGCGGUAUGCUGUCACUGCCAGUAUGAGACAGCCUGUCAUGCUCCAUAGCUGCUAUGAUGGACCUUCUUAUAGUCAAACUAAGCAGAGAAACCGCAGUUAUAUGUGAAGCUUCAUCCUUUUAUUAUCAGACAGGAAUUAAACCCUGUAAAUCACAGAUGAUUGGGAGCUUCUCAGUGGAAAAUUAAGUAGACCAGGCUUCUCCAAACUCCUGCCCUCCAGAUGUUGCUGAACUACAGCUCCCAUGAUUCUCAGCCUAUCUAUUUCAUUCAUAGAAUCAUGGGAGUUGUAGUUCAGCAACAUCUGGAGGGCUGGAGUUUGGGGAAGCCUGAAGUAGACUGUAAAGACUGGUGAUGGUGUUAGAGGCUGGAAUUCUAUACAUUCAUCAACAGCAAGUAAUACGAAUGAUGUGAGAUGUGAUACCAGGACUGGUUACAUGUAUGACUUUGAUUUAAAAGUAUUAGAGUAAGAACAAUACAGCUGGGUACCCAUUAGUAAUUUUUGACUUGUCAUUCUAUUACCAGAACACAGCAGCUAAUCAGAACAGCUUGUCACUAUUCUGGUUUGUAAGUACGUUUUGCCUCUUUAACAAUAUCUCCCUUUCUCCUGUUUUUGUUUUUCAAUCCAUAGCCUGAAAACUGGUUUCUUGAAAUGGAAACCUGACUAUGACAGUGCUGCUUCAGAGUAUGCAAAAGCAGGUAUGUAAUUAUCAGACUUACUAAAUUAUUUUCCUUGAUUAGAGAACGCUUAAUGUGGUGUUUAGCAUUAUUUGAAAUUCCUACAUUUUUUGUUGAGAAAGUGAUUGAGACAUCUCGCUGCAUAAUGACUGAUCUGUUAUUGAAUGGGAUUAAUUAUCUUAAAGGACCACUCCAAGCACAUAACCACUACAACUGAUGAAUCUUUAUGUUUUCAGCCAAUGAGUGUGCUCCAGCACAGCUAGAUUUACCUCCAUGCAGGAGCAUUUGACUUUAGACAGGAGGGAAGUGACCGGUGCCCUCCGGUCCCAGCCAAGUUACCAAAUCGUUGUUAAAUAGUUUGACUGUACCGUGGGAGGGCACCCGGGCUUUCCAGGUACCAUAAGCACUACUGCAGCUGUAGUGAUCAUGGUGCUGGGUUGUUCAUCUAAAGCGAGCCUACAAAUAGUUCACCAUUUGUUAGGUGUACAUUUUGUUUAUAAAAUCUCUAGCAGAUGUAUACACUGAUAUAUACUUACUUGAAGUUCGCUCCUUCCUCUACCAUUUCGGACUUUUAAAAUGGACAGGACUGCAGCUGCUCCAACCAUGCUGCCAGUAAUAAUGCAAAGCAGCAUCCAGCAAUUCCUAGCAUGUUGGUGAAUGCAAGAAGUUAUGUGAUGAUACCGUGACAGUUUGGGGACUCGUAUAUGGAGGAAGUAAAAUAAAUAAAUGUUAAAUUAUUAUUUAUAAAGUGCAACAAAUUCUGCAGUGUUGUACAAUGGGUGGACUAACGGACAUGUAUUUGUAACCAGAUGAGUUGGACACACAGGAACAGAGGGAUUGAGGGCUCUGCUCAAUAAGCUUACAUGCUAAAGGGAGUGGGGUGUAGUGACACAAAAGAUGACGGGAAAUACAUCCCAAUCCUCUAAAAUACGUCAGCUUGCUGAACUGCGUUAGUGGUAAUGUCCCUCUGCCUGCAGGCAUAUUAUUUUAUAACCGAUAUUAACUAUUAGAAAACAUCAUAGUUACACCUCCAGGCUGUCAAGCGGACAGUCUGGAGGGUUUCUUGCCUCACUCAUUUUUUACUGAAGUUCAGAGCAGGGGUGCUUCUUUAUCUUUUAUUUUUUUUUAUUCUUUAUUUUUGCAAUGGCAGAUUGCAUGGUAAAUUAACAUUGUUAGUCUUGUGCAAAAGCCAUAUCAUAGUACAUAUGUCGACAAUGUAUUACAGAAAGAAAAAUAAAAAGUCGAAAGGUAUUUUGUCAAGGCAUUUCUUCAUGUUGUGGGGAUCGACUUGGUCGCAAUCCGCCAGGGUUUAGUUUUUUUUAUAGUUAAAGAAGAACAAUAACAGAAAACAAAUAACAUUAGAACGUAUUGUAUUUAACAUACUAUGUAGGGCUGUGUUUGUAGCAGUGUUAUUCAAUUACUUUGGUAGUGUAUUGUUGUAAUAGGAUGUGAUAUGCACGUGAGAUGUGAUCAGAAUCCAUUUGCAUUGAGUAGUUAAAGAACCGUGUAUAACAAUGAAAGUAGUAACCAUAUAGUCAGCGUUACAUGUCAUAAUGCCGUUUUAUACUAAAUGUCAUGAAUGAGAAUUUAACUAUUUUACUGCAUUUAAUAAAUUUGUAUUAAAUGUAUUUUUAUUUAAUGUAUGUAUAAAUGUAUUUCUAAUAGUAAUAUGCUCUUUAUAUCCACGUUGCUUUGAUUGUUCUGCAACCCAUGAAUCUAUAUAUGUUGGUCUUUCUCCCUCCCUUCAGACUUUUUCAAAGUCAUUAACUAUUUACAAUUACCGAUCCACUGAACAUCCCCGCCCCCCAAAAACAGUAAAUGGAGUUAUGGGUGAGUAGCACUGGGCAGCACACCCAAUGGGUCCCGUCCUGCCACCCUCGGUCGAGAACCACGCCGUGUACUCCAAAGUUGAUCUAAUUCUAUAUUUGAAGGAGGUGUCCAGCAUAGAAAUAUACAAUUUUCACGUGAGGAAAUUUAUUUUACCAGAAGUUCCUUUUUGGUUAGGGUAUAAAGCCAAUCCAUUUUAAAAAGGAAUUUGAGUUUGGUUAAGAAUAAAGUGGUGGAAUACCCGGCUGGCUUCAAAUCUGAAGAAUGGUUUUGCGGCCAACUUCUGCUUUGAUCAUAGAGAAGCGUCUACUAGGCACGGGGUCACCAUGAACAGUUCCCAAUAAUAGAAAACUGGGAUUUAAUGGUAAGGGGCUUCUUUUUUAAAGGGACACUAUAGUAACCAGAACAGCUACAGCGGCCACUCCUCACAUGGCUGUUAGAGAUCCUUCCUGGGUCAUGGCUGCCUAAAAUGCAUCCAAACAUUCAGUGUCUCCUCCCUCUGCAUGCAGACACUGAACUUUCCUCAUAGAGAUUCAUUGAUUCAAUUCAUCUCUAUGAGGAAAUGCUGAUUGGCCAGGGCUGUGUUUGAAUCAUGAUGGCUCUGCCCCCUGAUCUGCCUCUUUGUCAGUCUCAGCCAAUCCUAUGGGGAACCAUUGUGAUUGGAUAAGGCUACCACUUCUGAUGAUGUCAGCAGACUGCUUGUUUUUUGUUGUUUUUUUUUUUUGUUGAGGCAAACAGCAUGCAGAGUUACAGCUUCUGGCUUGAAUACAGUAAGAUUUUUACUAUAUUUAUGGAGGCAUGAGGGGCCCAGGGGGGCUAGAUGGUGGUGUUAACACUAUAGGGUCAGGAAUACAUGUUUGUGUUCCUGACCCUAUAGUGAUCCUUUAAUAGAGUUGUGGCGUAUGCUGCACAUGCAUUGAUUGUAUCAAUGCUUCUCAAUGAAAACGCAUUUGAUCAGACAUACGUCUUGAGUUUUGAUGAUUUAAAAGAAACACAGGCUUGGAGCUUCAACAAGAAGACUCUUAGGGCCCAAGAGUGAAGAUGAAUUUAAUAGCUUUUUUUAAAAAUAUUUUAAAGCUGAAUUAGAGGGCUUGGUAAUAUAAAACGUAGUAGCACAUCCAUUAAGGUUAUUCCAGACAGAAGCUGUGUUUUAAUAAAACCACUUUUGAGUGCAGAAAACCUCAUUGGUAUUUGCCCCACCCUCCCACCCCCCUCAUCCACGACAAAACAAAGUUCUCUAUGCAGCCAGAACCUUCUCUGUUGACUUAACCCCACCUUACUGAAUUGGUCGUGGUGCUUAGAGUAACCCUCUAAUCGCUUAUAAAAAGCUGCUAAACUUUGAUUUGCAGCAUGUUAAAAUCCAAGUGGUCAAAAUGUCAAAAUCAUGAAUGAAUUUUUCUAACAUCACAAUAUUCAAAGCUUCACUAUUUUUGCCCAAGCAUUGUCUUUCAAGUUUAACUUACUACAAUUUGGUGUUCUGAAAUAUAGUUGUGCUAACUAUGUCUAUACUGUGUUUUGUUUUUUGUUUGUGUGUGUUUUUUAUAGGAAAUAUUUAGUUUACUUAAUGAAAGUGAAAAAUAUGUUUCCAUUUGUUUUAGCUGUUGCCUUUAAGAAUGCCAAACAGUACGAUCAAGCAAAAGAAGCUUAUUUGAAGGAGGCUGAAUCAUAUGAAAAUCACAAAGCGUAUCCUUUUUUGACCUUCAUCCUGGUAACCUAAGUUGCAACAAUUACACAAGUGGUUUUAAUAAAAAUGGCAUGACUAACUUCGAAUUGGCAAUUUUUUUUAAAAUUAAUUUAUUUAUAUUUUUUUUACAUUUUGACAUUUUAGGGGUUAGUUACUGCAUUCUGAAUUCCAGGUGAAAUGAAAAUCCAAAUUGUGAAUUUUUAGAAAAAAAAUGCUGAUUUGAGGGGAACAAACUCUGCAUAUUUAGCCUAAAUUUUGCAAUUCAGUGUUCAGUUCAAUGUUUAUUGAAUAAACUUGUAUUUUUAUUUUUUUUAUAUAUAUAAUUGUGACAGUGCAAAAGACUCAAUGCUCAGAAUUAUUCUAGUGUCAUUGGUCUGAAGCCAUAUUCAGUGUCUUCAAAUAAACUAAUGCAUGGAGCCAUAUAUUCAAAAUCCUCAACUGUACAACCUAUAAAUAACCAAUUAAUUAUUUAAAAUGGUCCCUGUUAUUCCAAUAUAAAUUCACUUUUCUUUGGGCAUGUGUAUUUUUUUUUUUUUCCUGUACUAAACUAUUUUUAGCAAAGGACACCACACAUACACCAUCAAAACACAAAAUAUUAACCACUGCAGAGCAGUAUUUUACAGUGUUUUGCUGGUGUAUAUGGUGCCCUGUAUAUAAGCUAUGUGUAUAUGUUUAGAUGAUUUCCACUCACUACUUUUUUUUGUUUUGCACCAUAACCACAACAGCCUGCACAGCAGGGCUUAACAGAGAACCUGUCAAACUGUUCAUAAAUGGUAUGGCUACUUGCUGUGGGAUAUUUUAAAUUGUUUAGUGGGUUGGCAAGUGGCAAUGAACUUAAUGUUGGUUUACCCUUAACCAAAAUGCAUUUAUAGUCUUUUUCAUGCUGCCAAGUAAGUAUAUCACUUAUAUUUACUCUGUGUACUAUGUUGAGAUAUUUUGAGUCCUGUUUUUUUUUGUUUUGUUUUUUUGUCAAACUGCGUCAAAAGUGCUUGACACAAUCCUGGGGGAGAGCUACCACAAGCACCACCUCUAUCCUCAUAAUCCAUCACUUUUCCCUCUCAAAGUAUAUCACUUUCUGUAUUUUGUCUUUAUAUUGCAUAUUGAUAAAACAGAGUGAACUUCAUUUUCUUAUUGUGAUUUAUUUUUUAUUUUUUGUAACUUUCCUAUAUGAGGUGUCAUUUUGGUUUAAUAUAAUAAUAAAAAAAAAAAGUAUGACCUGAUUUCCCACUUAAAGGGACACUAUAGUCACCAGAACAACUACAGCUUAAUGUAGUUGUUCUGGUGUGUAUAUUAUGUCCCUGAAAGUAUUUUAAUGUAAACGCUACCUUUUCAGAGCAUGGAGACGCUGAAUUCAAUGCAUUUCUUUGAGAAUAGGCUGUUUUGGUGCAGUGUUUUGUUGUGUUUCCUAAGGGAAAGCAUUGGAUUGGCUGAGAUAGUCAAUUCUGAUGAUCUCAACCAGGAAGGCAGAGUCCGCACUGGCAGACCAGCGUGGCGCUAGAAUAAAGGUGUUUCUUUUUUUACUUUUUUAAUGUUGUAGAACUACAACUCCCAUGAUGCUUUGACUGCCUUUAGAAUGCCAAAGCAUCAUGGAAGAUGUAGUUUUAAAACAUCUGGGGAUCUACCUAUUGGGCACCCCUGCUUGAAAGGAGCACUCCAAGCAUAAUGACCACUAAAGCCUGCAUUAGUAGUUGUGGUGUCAGGAGUGCCCUGGUACAGCCCAACAGUAAGUAGUCAAACCCUUUUACUAUGGUUUGUGAAUUUCCAUUGGUCCUAAUGAGUGACCACAGCUGCAGCCCCUGCUUCUGGUCUCCUGCAGGAGUAUUCGGUUAGCUCUACAGUGUUUAGCAGUAGGGAUCGAUCAUUUAUUGUUUUUUCCAAAAUUCAGAUUUUUUUUUUUUGUAAGUAUCAGUAUCGGCCGAUAAUCACUGGCAAUACCAAUAAUGAUUGGGUGGGCCGGCGCAUCCAUAAGACGGCACAAGCGGCCGCCUUAGGGCACACCAGCCCAGGGGGCGCUACAUCGGAGUGACCAGCAGGAGGUGGGCGCACAGAGUUCCCUCCUGCCAGGCACUGCGGUACAGGAACUUAUGUUUCCUGUACCCGGCCGGAAUGAAAGGUAGUGCUGACUGAGAAAGCACUCCUGUCAGUCCGGCUGGGUACAGGAGACUGAAUCUCCUGUACUGCGGUGCACACUUCUCCGCUCGGCCAUGCUACCAGGAGACACACCAGGGAGCGGGGACCAAGGAAGGGGAGAGAGAGGGGCACUAAGGGAGGGAUGAUCACUAUUGAACUGGGGUGGUAGAACACUGUGGAUAGGGGGUGGGUGUGGUAAGGAACACUAUGGGGGAGGAGAAGUGGUAAGGAACACUAUGGGGGAGGGGAGGAAAGAACACUGAGGGGAGAGAGGGACAUUAAGGGAGGACACUAAGGUACAGGGGAGGGGAGGGAAAAGGAACACUGGGGUAUGGGGGGGGGGCACUAAGAGACAAGUGCGGGGGAGAGUUCCUACCGCACAUAUUGAAACACAAACACACACACUGAAUCCACUUCACAAACACUGCAUUCACUAAUCAAAUCCUUUCACUGCAUCCAUUACACACACACACACACAUAAAUAUUCUUGAAAACUAAAAAAAAAACACCUGACUGUCAUGUAUAUUUUGUGCAUUUACCACCGAAUUAAAAAAAAAAAAAAAAAAAACGGUAAACAUACAGAAUAUCAGUAAGCUAUCUGCCUGAAAGUUCACAGAUUAUUGGUAUUGGCUCUAAAAAAUCAAUAUCGGUCGAUCCCUAUUUAGCAGGACCAUGAUAGAUCGUGCGCAUAUAUAUCUGUCCUUCAGACAUAUUCACACUUUGGGUCCGACAGUCUUUGAAUCCGACAGUAAGUCUCUAUGGUCUAUAUGGUAUAUUAUAUUAAAAACAAUAAGUAUAGCUGCACUCACGGUUGGAGAUGAAAUCUUCAAUGCUUUAUUCAAUUCAUUAAAAUAGGAUUGACGUUUCAGUCCAGCUUGUGGACUUUCCUCAGGAUCAAAACAUCCUGUGGAAAGUCCACAAGCUGGACUGAAACGUCGAUCCUAUUUUAUUGAGUUGAAUAAAGCAUUGAUGAUUUUAUCUCCAACACUGAGUGCAGCUAUACUUAUUGUUUUUUGGAUAUUUGAACACUGACUGGCACCAGACAAAAAAAUUGUGUUCCUAUGUAGCUUGAGUGCAAGGACUCUUACUGUUUUUUGGUAUAUUAUAUUAAAUAUAUUUUUGGUAAUAUUUAUGUUACUGUUGUCUUGUUUCACACUGUAUAUUUUCCUUUCUUUACAGGGCUUACGAGCAAGCUGGGAUGAUGCUAAAGGUGAGUUUUAAUAAGUUGUUACAUCUUAACCAUCAAAGCAGACAGAGAAUUUUAGCAGAAUAUACACAUUAAAUGUUUGACCCAGUUUACAUGUGCAACAUCACUGUCUGUUUUGACAUGUGCUUCUGCAUUAAAGCUUCUUAAGAUGUGCAGUUACAUUUUAGAAGGUAAGACCACGAAGGGACAUAUGAGACAAUCAUAGAGUGCAGUAAUGCACAAUCUUAGCAUAUAUCUCAAAAUACAUUUUAUAAAGAAAUCAUGUAUAAUAUAUUAUAAAAUGCUUUAAUUAUAAUCUAUUAUACAUGUAUAGGAAAUAAGUGUGUGUGUGUGUGUGUAUAUAUAUAUAUAUAUAUAUAUAUAUAUAUAUAUAUAUAUAUAUAUAUAUAUAUAUUUGUAUGUGUGUAUAUAUAUAUAUAUUUAUAAAUUGAAGGGAAAUUUUUUUUAUAAAAAAACAAAUAACGCUAACUUUGCCGAGUUUUUGUGGUUACAACAAAAGACUGGAAAUACCCCAUUUUGAAUACCCUGCGUUGUCUACAUUUGAAAAUGGUAUGCCAUGAUGGGGUUAUUUCACAUUUCUGGGCUACCAUACGGUCUCAAAAGACAACACAGACCCAGCAAACUGAAUUGGACAAGCCCUAUAUUUACCCUGUACCUUUUUAAAACACCUAAAACCUGUACAUGGGUGGUAUUGUUAUACUCGGGAGACUUCGCUGAACACAAAUAUGAGUGUUUACAACAGAAAAACUUAUCACGAUGAUGACAUAACUAGUAAAAGUGCAGUUUUUGUGUAGUGAUAAAAAAAAAAUGCUAACAGGACCUACCCCAUUUUGAAUACUGUGUGCUGUCUACGUUUACAAAUGGUAUGCCAUGAUGGGGUUAAUUUUCAUUCCUGGGCUGCUAUAUGGUCUCAAAGGCAACAUACGCACAGCAAACCAAUCUGGCAAAUUUCAAUGUGCAAACAUGGAAAAGGGGAAAGCCCUACAUUUGACCCCUGUAAGUUUGCAAAAAAAACAUAAAACCUGUACAUUGGGGCACUGUUGUACUCAGGUGUUGCUGAACACAUAUUUGUGUUUUCUUUGUCAGUAACACAUAACAGGAACUGAGAAUCCAUGCCUAAAGAACAAUGUGAGAAAAAUAACACAAAAGAAUUACUAUCCAAAAGUUUGACAAAGACUUGUGGUAGAAUUACUGCAUGAAAAGUGUUAAAAUACCACCAUUUGAAAUACCCUAGGUUGUCUACUUUUCAAAAAUAUAUAUUUUGAUGGGGGUAAAUUACAUUGGCCGGCUUCAAAAAUGUCCAAAAUAGGACAUGGGUGCAUGAUGAAUAGCUGAGAAAAUUCCAGUUUGGAAAACUGGAAUGUGCAGGCUCCAAAUAAGGUUGUCUAGCCCCCAGAGAACCCAACACACCUAUACAUGGGUGGUAUCACUGUACUCAGGAGAUGUUGCUGAGCACAUAUUGGGGUGUUCUUUGGCAGUACCCGCCAUUAUCUUUUGCGGCCCUGGCCCGCGUGGCAAACCGCCGGGGCCACAUGCUAUGGGGUCCAUCGGGUGGCCCAUGCUGUCAAGGCCACCCGAUGGAGAUGGAUUGUAAGGGGGCCCGGUCAGCGCUGGGCGCUUUAACAGCGCGACCGGGCCCCCUGUGAUUACAUGAAACGCUGGGAGGAAGUGACUUCCCGGUCACUGCUCCCAGCUAUCAGCCCACUCGGGAGGAAGGAGGAGGGAGUCAGAGUGGGAACUCUGACUCCCAUCAGGCUGAGCCCCCACUGGACACCAGGGAAAGUAACAAAAGGUAUGAAUCAUUUUGUGUGUGUGUGUGUGUGUGUGUAUAUAUAUAUAUAUAUAUAUAUAUAUAUAUAUAUAUGUGUGUGUGUGUGUGUGUGUGUGUGUGUGUGUGUGUGUGUGUGUGUAUAUAUGUGUGUGUGUGUGUGUGUAUAUAUGUGUGUGUGUGUAUAUAUGUAUAUAUAUAUAUAUAAGUGUGUGUGUGUGUGUGUGUAUGUAUGUGUCGAGGGGGGCCACGGUCAUGGGGGAGGGGGAGGAGGGGCCCAUGGAUCAGUUUUGCACCGGGGCCCAUGUAUUGUGUGUACACCACUGUUCUAAACUCAGGACAAAAUUUAGAAACCAUUUAGCACGGGUGUUUGUUGGUGGUUGUAGAUGCGUAACAGAUUUUGGGGGUCAAAGUUCCAAAAAUGUGUGCGUGCUUUUUUUUUUACAUUUUUCCGUCAUAUUUUAUAAAAUAAUUUAUAGUAAAUUAUGAUAUGAUGAAAAUAAUAUCUUUAUAAAGACCAUUUAAUGACAAGAAAAACGGUACAUAAUAUGUGUGGGAAAAGUAAAUGAGUAAGCGGAAAAUCACAGCUAAGCACAAACUCCGCAGAAAUGUAAAGACAGCCUUGGUCCUUAACGGUAAGAAAAUUGAAAAACAGUCUGGUCACUAAGGGGUUAAUGCUGUAUUUGUCAAUUCGCCAUACCUCUUAAUCUGUUCAACGCAGAACGUGUGUGGAACAUAUCUGAAAAUUGCAGGGAAAAAUUACAUAUCAUUUGGAUGGUCAGGUUACUGAGGAUCUGUCUGAAGUGUUAGAAACAGGCUAGUUCAUCAAUAGUAUAACAGACAGAAUCAGCAAUGUAAAACAUGGAUUUUGUGCAACUAAAACCCAUAAUUUUGCAUUUGCUGUAAUUUCCAUUUUCCACUUAAUUAGCAGCGGUACAACAGGGAUUGUUCUCUUAUCUAUUCCACCUGAUAGGCACAAGUGACCCUAUAAAAUUCCUAAAAUGUUAGUUUCACCUUAAAUCAUCCCCAUGAUGUAUAGGAGCCUGCAUCCUAAGAACCCCUCAGUAAUAACAAGACAUCAACUUAUUUCCAAAAUAUAUUUAUUAGAAAUGGGUAAGUGGACAUGUACUGUGUCUUAAGAAACGAUAAGAUCCAGUUUGUAAUGUUUGGAGAAUGUGUAGAAUAAAGUCCAGGUUGCUGCUUUACUAACUUAACCGAGGAUGGACCUAUAAGAAAUGGCAAUGGAAUGUUUAAUCCACUGUAUAAUAGUAGCUUUAAAGGCUGACUUGCCUUUACAUUUUCCUUCAUAUAAAACAAAAAGAUGGUUAGUAUGACAAAAGAAAACUGUUCUUUUUAACAUUUAAAAGAUUAAACCUCUGCUUUUAAGGACUUUUUUAAGGCUAAAUUUUGGCUAAAGCUUUGCAGGAUUAUUUAUUGUUGCAAAUUGGCUAAGGAAUAAACUUUAGGUUUAAACAAUGGAAGUCCUCUCAAUACCAUAUUAUCUGCACAGGAGACUAAAUAAUGUGAAUUGACUUCCAAAUCAUCUUCACCUAGGUCCUAGAUGUUUUGCAGUAAUGUCAAUUAAAAAGACUAUUUUGUGUUAGUUGCUAGAGACAUGUUUGUAAAGGCUCAAAUAUAUAGAUGUGAGAUGACUAAAUUAGAUUCAGAUAACUGGAAGUAUUAAUUCCUGUAAUAGUGGGUCUGAUGUUACUUAUACCUCUCACAAAUAUAAUUAUUAUAGAAUGCAAUGCUAUAUUCUUUACUGGCAAAAAUCUUAAAAUAUAGGCAUCCAAAGGAUUUAUUUUCACACCAGUAUUUUUUUUUUUAUUUUUUUUUGGUACAUGCGGUCAGUACAUAUCGUUUUUUUUUUUUCCUUGAAUCAGAAUGUCUUUAAUGGCAUGACCUAUUCCCUUAGCUGUCAAAAUCCUCUGUCUAGAAGCCGAACAGGUUGCAGUUCUGCAGGUACUUGAUAUCCAAUAGACAAUGCUUAGGAUUUGACCUUGUGGGAGUCUCUAAAACUUCCCUCUUUCUUUUUUUUUUUUUUUGAUGGAGUAAGUCCAAGAAUCACUUGUUAUAAAAUGCAAAAAAAUAAGCACCCCAGCCUGAUAUGGAAGAGUCUCUAGUGAUUAUUUUGUUCCUUCUCUGAAAGAGAGACUUGCUGACGGCUGGAUUUAUGUUGAACUCCGAAUCUACAGGAGGACACAUUUGCCCUUUUCCCAAUUUCUACUGGUAUGGAUAAGAUUGGCAAACACAAAAUUCUCGUAGCUCUUACUACACAAAAUUUAAUUUGCAGAACUGGAGAAUUACUUUCUUUUUAAUUUGUUUUUUUUUUUUUUUUCUUCUUCCAAAUGAAUAAUUUUAUCGAUCUUCCUCUUAAAACCCCAGUCAGAGUGAUAAGGACUUUUGUAAAGAUUCUUGGUGAAAAAGGCCAAAAGGUAGUGGCUUUAACUGAAAAUGGAAAAUGUUUCUUCCUACUCUUAAAUCUCAAGAUUUUUUCUUUUUGUUUGUUUGCAGGUCUCCCCUAUUAAAAUGUUUAAAUGGGCAUCUUUUAAGUCUAGAGAAGCCAUAAAUUCUGCUUCUUUUAUAAGAGAAGUCUGACUGUAUUGUUUCCAUUCUGAAUUAUCCACUUAUAUGUUUACAUUUUUCAAGUAUAGAGUAUGGUGGAGCACUCAGUCUCACUUUCGCCAGACAUUCAAUGGUGGCACUCCACCUACCCCCGGUAAUGACAUCCACUUAGAAAUAUUGGGGUGAGGGAGAACUUUGGCCUCGGUGUUAAGGGGCAACUCUUUCACCAAAAUCUCGUGGCUUCGGCAUCCGAAGAUCUGGUAAUAAGAGCUUUACUCCGAGCAGCUCCUGUGUGAAAAAUUCUUCACAAAUUGGGAUCUUCCAAACUGGUAGUUUGUCCAGUUGUUAAAGUAGGACUUUUAAAAUUUUAUUUAUUUUUACCCCAGCUGCGAUGCAGGCACAUCUAAAUUAGACAAAGGGUGUUUAUCCUUUUUACCAUUCUUUAGUGCAAAUAAUGUUUUGUAAUGUAAGCUCUCUCUUUGGGGUUUGGCACUAAAUAAAAAUGGACCAAAACUACCUGUGAUCUGUUCGCUGUUCUGAGAGGCAGAAAUCUGAGCGUUUCUUGGGAUGGAGGCUCUUUUACCUUGUGUGGAAGGGCUAAUGGUGGUACUAUCAUUUUAAGGAUUUUAUAGCAUCAAUUCUGCCUGUGGGAAAGCCUGUUCUGUCACAAUCCAUAUGAAAAAUAAAGGGUUAUUCAAUAAAUGUAACUGAAUUUUUAAAUGAAUUACAAUUGGCUAAUUUGGAAAUCUAACAGACUUCAAUAAUUUUUUCAAUUAAGCUAUUUGACCUAAUCUAGAAUUUAUUUUAAUAUCAGUCAAUUAACAGCUCAGUGAAUAACACAAAUAGUAUUUAAGCAUACUUUCACAAACCAUUUAAAAAAAAUAAAAAUAAAUAGCAAGCAAGUGCCAAACAUGUUCUUGUCUAAUUUUAUACAAUAUUAAUAUUUCUGGAUCAAAAACUAAAACGCUGCUGACAAAUGCUUGUUUGGCUAAUUCAUCUGUAAUAUCAAAGCAAAAUGAGCAGCAUCUUUCUAAUCCUUAUCCCUUUUUUUGUAGGAGAUGCAGAAGCUUCCAGAAGCUGUCCAACUAAUUGAAAAGGCCAGCAUGAUGUAUCUGGAGAAUGGAACUCCUGACACCGCUGCUAUGGCCCUGGAACGAGCUGGGAAGUAAGUAACCUUAAUUUUCCAAUAGAUGUCCAGUCAGAUGUUCAUGCCCUUUGUUCUGUCCAAAAACUGAGAUAUUGUGUCUUCUGGCUGAUUACAGACUUAUAGAGAAUGUGAAUCUGGAAAAAGCUGUUUAUCUCUAUCAACAAUCUGCAUCCGUUUUUGAGGUCUGUUUAAUACCAGCUCUACUGCUGUUAAAAUAUUAGUCUUCUAUUUGAACCUAUGUGACAAUUGUUCUUAACUUUUGACUUGUGCAAGCAGUCAUCUAAGUAUUUUCAAUUUGUUGCACAGCACACAACUCUCAGCCUUUCACUUCUAAGCUUAAAUGUCUUUGGUUGGGUAAUUCGUAUCUUAUGUAUUAUCAAGUGGCUGCAGUGAUGGCAAGCUUUGGUUGUUGAGAAGAGCUCUAUACCAUACCUUACAGCCUUAAUUAGAUAGUACUGACCAUUUAAUUGCAAUCUAUCACGCUUAUAAUAUAAUUCCCCUGUAUGCUGUUCACCCAUUAACACCUUUUGGGAAGUUGGUGAAGAAGAUGAAAGUCUAUGUAAAUAAAAUGGGCAUAAUAACAAACAGUGGUAAAGUAUGGUAAUUAUUUAAAGAGAUGAGGGGGAGGUUUACAACACGCCCUGUUCAUUCUCAGUGAUUCUUUUCCGUCAGAGAAUGUUCUAUUUUAAAGGUUUAAAAUACGAUAGAUUUCUUUAUACUCUUCAAACUUUUCUAACUUUUUUUCCUUAUCCUUCCAUUUCAGAAUGAAGAACGUCUACGACAAGCUGUAGAACUUCUUGGAAAGGCAUCAAGACUUCUAGUGAGAGCUCGCCGGUACUCUUCUGCCUCUAUUGCGGUGUUUUUUUGUUUUUUUUAAAGCCGAUAAAUGAUUGUUGGUGAUGAAAACAUUUAUGAAAAAUGAUGGACCAAGUCCUCACUUGUUAUGGCAGGUUCCAUGGUUAAAAGAAGGUUUGGGAGCCUCAGGUUCCUUCCAUAUAACUAUUUACUGUAACAUGUUGUCUGCUUGCUACUUUUUGUACAAAGCCUACAAUCUCUUCCUAUCUUGUAUACUUUGGUCUAAUUCCCAAAUUAUCCAGAAUUUCAUUCCGGAGCUAGGCAUAUAAUGUGACAAUUUGACUCGAGUCACUACUGGAAUUUUCAACUAAGAGUUAUACAUUAAUAAUGCAGCUUAAGCGUUGUUCUGUGCUAAAACUGACCCUGCAUUCAUUGUAUAUGCAUUUAUUUUAUAGUCACUUAUGUGCAGUGGAAUAGUCUUGUGUUAAUGUAAACCUAAAUAUGUUUCCCCACCUCUCUUUCUCUAGACUAGCAUUUUCUCAGCUGCUAGUCUGUCACUUCCUCUCCAGGUGUCAGUUUCCUUUUGAAAAUGGCCCGAGAGCCAGUAAGAAUUAAUAAGAACAAGAAUGAAGCAAUUACUCUCUAAGAGAAUCGUUACUUCAGCCCUAUCCGUCAGUAUACAUCUAGAGCAGCAAGACAUAUAACCCUGUACUCACAGAGUAAACUAUAUCCAUGACCGAGAUCAAGUGCCCCAUUCUGCUUCUUUAUAACUGCAACUUUUGUAUCAUAAUUUCCAUCUCUUGCCAGAGGGGUGUCCAGUGACUACCUUAGUACAGUUGCAUUAUAAAUCACCACUGCCAUGUUAUAAAGGAUUAACGCACAAUAGAUGUGGCAGGACAAAAAUGCUUAGACUGACCUUAUAUUUUAGCAUAUUCCUAUAUUGCCAAACUAUGUUUUAGAGUGUUUUGUUUCCAUAUCCAUUUCCUAUUUCUUUCUCUUCAAUUUUAGGCUAGACGAGGCCGUAGUUUCCAUUCAAAAGGAGAAGAAUAUGUACAAAGAAAUAGAAAAUUAUCCAACUUCAUUUAAGGUAUAACCAUAAAGGAAAAGUACACAUUAUGUCCAUGACCACCAAAAUAAAUACAUGUAUAGUCUGUUGUUUUUAUCAUUCUAGUUUUUUUUUGUGAGCACCGCUUUUUGAAGUAAAUACAAGAGAAAUUUGUUAAUGUUGAAAAGCUGCUUUAUUUAUUUUUUAUUUAUAUUUUUUGUAAUUUUUGAACUUCUAUACAGUUUUUAGCUUUUUUUUUUUUUUUUUUUAAGUCUGUGGUAUGCUUUACAUUUUAUUUCUGAAAUCAUGGUUUAACCCCCCCCUCUCUCCCCUCCAAAAAAAUCAAUAUACUGGUCUAGGCUUGAUUUAAAAACUGUAUAGAGCUAUUGCAACUUGUGGUGUGUUAGUAUAGAUACCUAUAUCCACCCUUAACGUCUGACCAGUCUGUAAACUUUAUUGUUGGAAUUUAUGACUCCUGGAUCAUUUUGGUAUAAGUUGAUGUGCAUAGUUCUAUGUCUUUCAUUGUAUUAGUACAAUGAAUUUGUGAAAUAUGCAGCUAGAUAAUGCACAGUUGCCUUGUCUUUUAUAUGCUCACUAAAUCAUUCUGCAGCUGUUCAUUGAAUUCUUUUACUACUUUUGACUCCAGAAAACUAUAGCACAAGUGUUGGUACAUCUUCAUAGGAAUGAUUUUGUGGCAGCUGAGAAGUCAGUCCGAGAAAGCUACAGGUAUGUUUUUUUUAACAGCCUACUGUAUUAUUAGUUGCAUAUUAUUAUUACAUUUAUUAUUCAACUAAUAAGAAGUGGAAUACUUAAAAUACAAGUACAUGUAUCAAUAUAGAUCUUGAAGACUUUUAUAUUCUAUUUAUUUUUUUGCACAAUUAAAACAAUGUUAGGUAGGCGUAUGUACAGAAAGAAUGGAAUUGGGAACACACCCGGAACAUGCAGUAGGUGUGUGUGUGUGUGUGUGUGUGUGUGUAUAUAUAUAUAUGUGUAUGUGUGUGUAUAUAUGUAUGUGUGUGUGUGUGUGUGUGUGUAUGUAUAUAUAUAUAUAUAUAUAUAUAUAUAUAUAUAUAUAUAUAUAUAUAUAUAUAUAUAUAUAUAUACAUACACACACGCAUAACACAUACAGGAUUGCUCACUAAAGAGAAUUCAAGGUGAAUUGAAAGUGAAUCUUAAGUUUUAAGGCCAGAGUAGCUGAACUGAAAGCACAUCUGACAUAGAGAAUGUUUCCAGUUUGGCUAUUUUGACCUCAAAAUUUUAAAUUCUCUUUGAAUUCAUCUUGAAUUCUCACUUUAGUGAAUAACCCUGAUAGUGGUGAACAGUUUAUUAUUGAAAAAUAAGUCUACCGUUAGACCUGAAGGUUGAGAGGUUUAUAUUUCUUCGGAGACUCUAAGAUGGCACUGUUUUCUCCAAUGCGUGGUCUGCCAGUUUGUAGGUUUUAUAUUUUUAAUUUUUAUUCUGCAAAGCUAAGCUGCCCCUUUUUGCCUCUGCCAGCAUCAACUUUUGUAUCACAUUUUCCUUCUCUUGUCAGAGGGGUGUCCAGUGAUUACCUUAAAGGUGCCAGGAAAACAUACGUGUUUCCGAGGGUGCCCCCACCCUCAGGGUCCCCCUUCUGCCGGACUCUAGGGGGUCAAAGGGGUUAAAUUUACCUAUUUUUCCAGCGCCGGGUGGGGGACUCUCCUCCUCCUUCUCUCCUCCUGAAAAUCACAUUGAGAAGCACGGAAGCGCCUCUAGCGGCUGUCAAUGAGACUGCCGCUAGAGGCUGGAUUAACCCUAUUAUUAACAUAGCAGUUUCUCUGAAACUUCUAUGUUUAUAGAAGAAAGGGUUAUUCCUAGCUGGACCUGGCACCUGCACCCAGACCACUUCAUUAAGCUAAGCUGAAGUGGUCUGGGUGCCUAUAGUGGUCCUUUAAUGUAGUUGCGUUAUAAAUCACCACUGCCAUGUUAUAAUAAAGGAUUAACGCACAAUAGAUAUGGCAGGAGAGAAAUGCAAAGAAGAAUAACACAUAGAGCCUGAGCGGAUUAACUGGUUUAAAGUUAAGCCUUUCAUAAUGUGCCUUAACAGUUGGGACAAUCUCUCCUUAUAGCACUCCCUCCUAUAUGGCACCUACCUUGCACUACUGGGUGACAGACAAGUGUUUAAUACAGAGGGCAGGCAUUGCACUCACCAUAUGCUCACCAUAACUGCCUGCCAAUCCCUGCAUUCAACAUUCAUUAGAUGUUUAAAAAAAAUUAAAAAAGCAUAAUAUAAUGCAAAAAAUAAAUACAACCAGAAAAGAUAUACAUUUCAUGGUACUGUGCACAAUGAAUCUCCCUUUCAGUCCUCUCUCUGGUGCGCAGACGUCCUGUCUUUCAGCAGUUCAGUCACUGAUCAAAAUGGAUACGCAUGCACCAAGAGGCAGACACAUUGUAUGGAUAUGAUGCAGAAAUUUGCUAAAUGUUUAGAUUUUUUUUUUUUUUAAAUAAAAUUAAGCAAUGGCAAAGGUGCAGCAUAUCUAUAGGGCAAAAUCCUCUCAAAUGAGAUUAAGUGGUGUUGGUGCCCUUUUACAGUGUACACCUGUUUUUACUGUGGCUUUUUUUUUUUUUUUUUUUUAAAUUGUGCUUUUGCAAUGUAAGCAGUAAUCAAAAUCUAAAUGAAUUACAAGUCCAUUCGAGUCUGUCAAGAAUAGUUCAGGUUUGCAGAGAUUUUAACAUUGAAUUUCUGUUGAGUGGUUUUUGUAUGAAUCAAUAAUAAUUCUGUUGGAUGACCUUGUCUGAAAUAAAACAAUUUACUAACUCGGUGAAGUACACAUUAUAGGUCAGAUACUUUCUAAAGUGAAUUUCUGAAAUGGUCAGCAACUUUUUUUUUUGUUUAGUUUUUUCCUUAAAUUUUGUGCUUUGCAGUUCUGGUGGAAUUCAGAAAGCCAAACUCACUUGAUCUUAAUGAUGUGAUUUGGGGGUGUAGAUACUGCCAAUACCAUGCUUCAUGAAGCACUGGAUAGGUGGAUUACAGCCAAUAUACAAUUUGUAUUUUUUAUUUUUUUUGUUGUGUAUUCCUCGAGUAUAAUUACUGAAGGAUUCUAGAGCAGUAGUUGAAUCAAUAAGAUUUAUGUAAUUUGGAUUAAAAUUGGAAAUUUGUAGAAUUUGACUGAAAUCUGAAUUUGUGCAUUGCAUGGGACUUCUGUGAUUUGCCUUAUAUGUACAACGUUAAAGCUGAUCAGUUUGUUGUCUCAGUGGUAUUUAGAUGUGGAAUGAGGAUUUAGCACACUAAUUGAAACAUUGCAUUAACUGUAGGACAGGUUUAGGGUUUUCGAUUCGCCUACCAGUGGAUAAACCACUUGUAAUAUCAAAAAGUUACUUGAACUAAAGCCCCUCUAAUAUGACAGUUGUCCAGUUUUUACCCCUCCCACAUCCAGUGUAUGGUAAGUUGAAGAACCCUUCUCUGCCCCUCCCCCCCACUUUCCCUCCCACUGUAAGUAGCAGUGUGUGAAAGUUAAAGGGGCAAUAUAGGCACCCAGACCACUUCCUCAUUGUAGUGGUCUCGGUGCACUGUCCCAGCAAACCUGCAAUAAUUAGCUUGGUGGGUUAACUCCACCUCUAGUGGCUGUCAUAUCAGACUGCCACUAGAGGGACGUCUGGCUCAUGGUUGCCUAACGGAAGCUGGACGUCCUCACACUAUGCAUGGGGAUGUCCAGCGUCACCCAAAACACCAUAGGAAAGCAUUGUAUGAUGCUUUCCUAUGGAGAAAUCAUUAUUUUAUGUAGCGCUGUACAAUGGGUGAACUAACAGACACGUAAUUGUAACCAGACAAGUGGACGCACAGGAACAGAGGGGUUGAGAGACCUGAUCAAUGAGCUUACAUGCUAGAGGGAGUGGGGUACAGUGACACAAAGUUAUAAGUAGGGGUAAUGAACUAGGUUGCUAUAAAAGUAUUCACUGAGAAUUUAGUAGGUUAUUUUUGACAGUUGCAGGAGAGGAGUCAUGGGUGGGGGAAUAAAAACCUGCUACCUGUUUAAUUGAUACGCUUUCCUUAAGAAAUGAGUUGUCAAAGAUAUUUUGAAGGAGUGGAGACUGAGUGAAAGUCUAGUGGAAAAGGGAAGGGAGCUCCGCAGAAAAGUUGCAGCCCUUGAGAAGUCUAGAAGGUGAGCAUCAGACGUGGGAGUACGCACAGAGGAUAGACUUAGGUGUUUGGCAGAGGUCUUGACGGGACAUACUUGUGUAUUAGGGAGGAUUGGUAGGUUGGAGCAGCAUUAUGUAGGGACUUGUAAGCAAGCACCAGAUCUAACCCUAUAUCUAACUGCAAGCCAAUGUAGGGACUGACCGAGGGGUGAUGUGAGGGAAUUGCGGGCGGCCAGGAAAAUGAUCGUGCUGCUGCAUUCGUUAUAGAUUGCAGUUGUGCAAGCUGGGAACACGUAAGACCACUAAAAAGGGGAUUGCAGUUGUCAAGGCGAGAGAGAACGGCAUGGACCUACACCAUAGUCGCGUCUGUUGUUAAAUAGAGGCGGAUGCAAGCUAUGUUUUUGAGAUGGGAGUGGCAGGAUUUGGCAUCAACUGGACAUGAGGGGUGAAGGAGAGGUCGGAGUUAAAGAAAACACCUAGGCUGGGAGCCUGCUGGGCCAUUGAUUUGGAGGUAGACAGACAUGGGGGUAGCAACACUUGAGAGAGGAAAGAGCAGAAGUUCUGUUUUGGACGGUUGAGUUUAAGGAAGCGAACAUCCAUCCAGAUGGAAAUCGCAGAGAGGCAAUCAGAGACACAAAUUGAGAUGGGCAGAGAGAGAUCAGGAGAGGGCAAGUAGAUUUGCAUGUCAUCUGCAUAUAAAUGGUAAACUCGUCAGCUCCUUUGCCUUCCAUUAUCAAGGGAGGCAGUCUAGAUAGAGAACAGUAGGGCACCAAGGACAGAACCUUGGGGAUCGCCAACAGAGAGGGGUUGGGGAGAAGAGCCAGAGAAAGAAACUCUGAAAAAGCGCUUGGAGAGGUAGGAGGAUCACCAGGAGAGAGCAAUAUCCCAUAGACCAAGAUUACAGAGAAUGAGAAGAAGCUGUUGAUGAUCAACCGUGUCAAAUGCAGCAGAAAGAUAAAGGAGAAUUAGGAUAGAGUAAUGGCCUUGAAUAAUGCGCAUUAGGUGUUCCCUGCCAGCUGAUGAUAGGGGAGGAGCAACGGCAGGAAUUGCUUUGAAUUGAAUUCCUGACCUAGUCAUUUCCAAAUUUGAGCUAAUUCUAACCAUUUGUUUUCACUUUGGGGAAUUAAUUCAGAUUUCCCUUUAGUCUAUUAACAGAUUAUUUGAAAAAUAUUUUUCUCCUUUAGCCUAGUAUUUAAAAUGUCUCUCUAUUGCCUCCCGAGAAGUAGCUUUGAAUAUUUUACACCAAUUCACUCUUAACUAGUAAAUUACUAAAUGUUUCAAGUAACCAAAUAUAAGUGUAUUCAGUUCUCUACAUACAUAUAAAUAUUUAUUAUUUUAAUUAUUUUUCUCCUAGUAUACCAGGAUUCAGUGGCAGUGAAGACUGUACUGCGUUGGAGCAGCUUUUAGAAGGUUUUGAUCAACAAGACCAGGACCAAGUGUCUGAUGUUUGUAAUUCGCCACUGUUUAAAUAUAUGGACAAUGAUGUAAGAAAACAAUCCUACAAUUCUCACGAUUAGUAAAGUAACUGGAAAAUGUCUAAAUUGUCGCUCUCUUGGUUUAAAUUUUUUUUUUUUUUUUUUUUAGCACUGAUUUGUUCCAUACAUAAUAGGUUUUGUAUAUUGUUGAAGAAUAGUUUUUCUUAUUUUUACACUCACAGCUAUAUUGUUUCAUUAAACAUCUAGACCUAAACAUUGUAGGUUGCAUUAUAUCUGGUUGUCAUCUGCUUCGAAAACCAUCAGUGUUGCAGACUUUAAACAAUUCUAAUUAUCUACCCAUAGACUCUCCUUUUAUUUAUUAUUUUCUUGUAAGAUGUAGACUUGGCAUUGUAUUUUUGCCAUGAUGGUGUAAUUUAGACUUUGCUGCAUUUCCAUGAGAAAACCUAGAAAAUGGCCCAAGGUGUUUCAGAGAAAUUUGUGUGUAUGUUGCAUAUAGGUUCAUCAAUUCACAAACAUGUUUAAUGUGCUCAAAAUAACAAGCCUGAAGAUGAAAAAAAUUUUUUUCUAAAAUUAAGGAAGCUACUUGAGUGCUAUGUAUUUUUAAUAUGAGGUAUACUAGAUUGCUGCCAAUUAAUUUGCUUGGUGUUAGGGAGCUUUUUGGGAAAUUAAGAUUUCUUGGAGCACCAUAUGCAGAUAAGGUCUUUAAGCUGAGGUUUGCCAAACCUAUUAGUCAUGCCCUGGAAUAAUGCCCCUUAUAUACUAAGGCAGUGUGAUAUGUUUAAAUCUGUAUUUAAUCUCUUGGUAUCCAUUCUAGUAAAGUGAGUCUUACCAGCCAGAAAAGUUACACCAUUCACCAGACCAGAGUAAUCUGUCCACAAAAAUUGCCAAGAGUAAAAAUGUAUUUCCCAUUUUAAUUCAGACCCUUCUGAACCUUGUAAGGGUCUAAUAAAGGUCUUUUGAAGAAUUUUGGUAUAUAGUAGUAAAAUGAAGUUAUGUUUGAUCAAAUUCAUUUUAAAGUUAAAUAAUGGGUCACAAAGUAAGUGGUACACCGUUUGGGUCACUGUCAAAUGUUAUGGGAAAAGUUGCCUUUAAGAUUUCAAACAGUCAAAUCUUAUUAACUGAAAUAAGUUAAAUCCGUUGGAAUUAGAAUUGUAACAUUGUGUGCCUGCUUCAAGAAAGUACUUGUGAUUUUUUUUUUUAGAUCAAAUGUAUUUUUAAAUUCAACAAAAUUAUCAUCAGUUGCUUGAAAUUUGCUAUUUUAUUUAUUUUUCUUCUUACCAGUAUGCCAAGCUUGCAUUGAGUUUAGCAGUUCCAGGAGGAGAAACUAAAAAGAAAUCUCCCGCAACAUUGCAGGAAGGUGUUACUGGACCAGCACAGGGUGGCUCACAUGUUGAAGAAGAGGAUGAUGAAUAUUCUGGAGGGCUAUGCUAAUCACCUUUUGUAUUUUGCUCCCUAUAAUAUAUACAUGUAUGUUUCUGGCAUUGCUUUCUCCAGAAAUAGUGAAAAAGUCCUUCUUUGUUGAUACCAUCUGAGAAUGCAAUUUAUUGCUUUGUUUUAUACCAUCGUUGUGAAAAAUAUACUAUUUUCACUUGAUCCACACUCUGUAAGAGGACCAUCUAAUGCCAUUAUAUAAAACUCUGCUCACCAUGUAUGGAUCACUAUUAUGUCCCAAUGUGUAAAGCAAGUAUAAGCAGAGAACAAUAUAUGGUAACUAUCGCAUGUAACUUAAUUUCUCAACUUCAUUUUAAUAUCUCAGAAAUUAUUUGUAUAGUUUUGUGUUCUUUUUUGUUUUGUAAAUGACUGGAAGUAAUUGUUAAAUGGCUAUUAAAUAUUUAAACCUCAAACGGAGUCAUUCAUGUAUACCUGGAAAACUUUGUUAAAUCUCGUUAGAAAAUAUUUAUUUGAA